AUGAACUGGCGACGAGAUGGGAUAACCGUUGAGGUUGACGUUGAGGUUGAGGUUGACGUUGACGUUGAUCAGGGUGAUGGCCCGCUGCCCGACGAUCCGCCGACCGUGGACUCUGACGACAGCAAUACGGACGGGUCCAGUGUUGACAGCACCUUCACAUCUCCCGCACUUCUAGCCGUGCAACAUCUAUAUCUCACUCUCCCAAGGCAGAUGGUGGAAGCGACGAAGCCGGCACCUGGCACUGCCAGUGGACGGUCUAUCCCGCUCAAGAGACAACGUCGGCCCGGGGUCGGUACCGGUGCCAUGCACCCCAUGGUCGUGGUCGAAGUGCCAGUCAUCACAGAUCGCCUCGAAGAAGACAUAUUAAGCUCGAUGCGGUACGAGAAUGGGCUAAGCAGCCGACUCCGGGCCCGACAACGGAAGACCCGUGCACGAUCGAAGCGCGAGGUCCCCGAUACCCAGGACUGUAGGCUGCCCGGGAAACCCGUGCAGUGUGUCGAAGACGACACGACCAUGUCCGACACGGAUGGCUCGAGCGCACACUCUGGCGAUACAGAUUAUGACUACCGUGCGGGCAGCGAAGAGGACAGUCCAACGAAACCGCCACCAAAGCGUCGCAGGCUUCCCACACAGCCAUGUAAAGGGAGUUGCAGGAGAGCCGCUCAAAUCAUGAUUGUCCUUAGUCUUCACUGA